AUGGGAAACACUCAGGGAAAACCAGUGAAUUGCAAUGAUGCGGUCAACCUUAACCACUUCCGCCUCCUGCGGGUCGUCGGAAAGGGUGCAUUUGGAAAAGUUCGAAUCGUGGAGAGGAAGGACACCGGCCUCACAUUUGCCCUGAAAUAUAUUCGCAAAGAAGAAGUGGUUCGUUCGGAAAGUGUACGAAACAUCAUUCGCGAACGGAGAAUGCUUGAGCAUCUGAAUCAUCCUUUCCUUUGCAAUCUACGUUAUAGUUUCCAGGAUAUGGAAUACAUCUACAUCGUGGUCGAUCUAAUGAACGGUGGUGAUCUACGAUUCCAUAUUUCACGAAAAUGCUUUACCGAGGAUGCGGUGCGGUUCUGGAUGGCGGAAUUGGGUUGUGCUCUGAAGUACAUCCAUUCACAGGGCAUAAUUCACCGUGAUCUAAAACCCGAUAAUGUGCUAUUGGACUCCGAGGGACAUGUUCACUUGGCUGACUUUAACGUGGCAUCGGAUUUCCGACCGGGCAAGCCUCUGACAAGCAAGUCAGGAACAUUAGCCUACUUGGCACCUGAGGUCUACGAGGGAACGGGAUACUAUUUCGAGGUCGAUUGGUGGUCAUUAGGUGUCACUUUCUACGAGUGCAUUUACAACAAGCGACCAUUCGAAGGCCGGAGCCAGGAGACCCUGAGCGAGAAUAUCAAAAAGGCACAACCGAAAUACUACGUCACCAAUCCUGCCGUCUCAGUUCCCUGCUUGCGCGCUUUGGGCUCGUUGAUGGAAAGGGAUCGCAGUCGCCGAAUCGGUGCCAUUGGCUUCGAAACAUUUGCUCAACAUAUGUUCUUCGCCGAGAUCGACUUCGAUGCCCUGGAACGCAAGCAGAUCCCACCAGUCUUCCGACCAUCAAGCGAAAAAACCAACUUCGAUGCAACAUACGAUCUGGAGGAACUUCUGCUAGAAGAAGCGCCCCUCGAAGCCAGAGCGCGCCGACAAAAGCCACGUGCGGAGCUAAGAGAUGACGCUACGGCAAAGGAAAUCCGGGAGGACGAGCUGCAUCGCUUGAUUGAGACCAUGUUCGAGCCAUUCGAUUAUACCUUGACUGACUACCAAGGCAAUGCUGCAGAUGCUAUCGCCGAAACCCCGAGGACUGUCUUCCGGGUACAACGACCUCAACCACACAUGCCCGUCAAUUCUCCCAGCCUGAGCAACCUGGUCAAAACAUUCCUAGUCAACACGACGCCGCUAGCAUUCGCGCUGCGCCCAACGAAAAUAUACACGCAGUCGGCGAAGCCCCUCACUCCCAACGAUUCCACGCCUGUUCCGCAGCCCCCAUCCCCCUCGAACCGCAUAUCUCCUUCACCACCUCCUGCCCCGUCUUUCCACCGACCAUUACCUCACAAUCCUCGCCCGCGUGGGGCUACUCGCCAAAUGAGCAAGAGCGGAGGUGUACAAAUGGUUCUCAACGAAGCUGGUAGCUGGAGCGAGUUGGCCAACAGUUCAACGCUCCCCGCCGAAGGAAUUGACGGUGACGACAAGGGCAAGCAAGCUAAUGGAAUGAUGUCAUUCUUCAGUCGAAAGAAGGGUCGUGAUCGCAGUCCCAAGCCCACUGAACCUGGUGUUUUGGGCAAAGAAGGAGCUAGACAGAUCAUCAGCUGA